AUGAAACCUCUAAAUGGAAUGAAUGAAUUUGAGUAUGUGAAAUUAGCGGUAGAAACAGGUUGUCAAUUUUGCAAUAAACAUAAAACAAGAAAAGUUUGUUGGGAAUUUACAGUUAGGGCUUGUAAAGAUUGUAUAAGCAGUAGAACAGUCAGAACUCAUAUUAUAAAAUAUCAGCAAAAUGUUGAAGAUAUCGUUUCAGGUUUGCCUUUUAUUCAAGGUUGGUUUUAUAGGCCAUGGUUUCCUCAUAGUACUAGAUUCAUAUCUUUAUACUGGAAAGAUGAUGUUAUUAGAACCAAUCAUGAAUAUUUGGAAAUGAUAAAAGAUCCGAGUCAAUCGAAAUCAGAAUGGUUUCGUAAAAAGAAAAAUGAGGGUAAAGAAAAGAUGUUAGAAAUCGCUAGAAGAAAUUCAGAUUACAAUACGGCAUUCUUAGAUAAACAAAAAGAAAACGAUAAACUGAGACAAGAAAGAAGUUCAAAAAUCCGAGAGAAAAUUACUGAAUUUACUAAAGAGACAGAUGUAAACGGCAAUCAGAUUAUUGACUUGAAAAUUCUUCAAGAUUGUCCUACAUAUAGGUCCUCGUUAUAUGGUGAUAAGCCUCAAUCACCACGACCAUUCACAGAAAGAGCGUGGAAAAUUAUGAAAAAUAAAUUGUUAAAAGAAUAUAAUGAACUUCAUAAUGAAAAAAAAAAACAAGCCAAAAAAGUGAAAAGAUAG